AUGGAAAAGACAAAAACUUUGAAAUCUCUGGAAACUGGAAGAUGAAAUCAGCGGCAGCUUCUUCACCGGAUCCGAGAGACAAGAUCGGAAAGAGAAAACGUAGAAACAGAGACAAGCAUAGCUGUUUCUUGACAGAUUCUUCGAUGCUCGUCGUCUCCGGAGAAGAACGAAUUCGCCAGUGACGACUAUCUUGACAUGAUUCCGUCCGUCACCGGCGUUAUCGCCGUCGUCUGA